UAUCAUUUUCAUUUUAGUAAAAUAACCUAACUUGCUGCGAACUGGAAAUUUAAGUUUUUUAUUUAAUAAAUAAAUAAUUAAAACAAUGUCUCAAAAAGCGCCAUCAAAAAACCCGAAAUCUAAAUCCAGUGAAGAAAUUUUCUCUGGAUUUCAAAAUCUUCGAGCUGAACAACGCCAACUAGCAAACAAAAUUUCAGAGUUGGAAAUGGAUCUCAACGAACAUAAAAUAGUAAUUGAAACUCUCCGUGGUGUGGACAAAACUCGCAAAUGUUUUCGUAUGGUGGGCGGAGUUCUAGUUGAACGUACAGUUGCUGAAGUUUUGCCUGAACUUGAGAGUAAUUGUGAACAAUUGCCGAAAGCUCUCAAAGCAUUGGAAGAACAACUUACAAAAAAAGGUCGCGACAUUAAUGAAUACAUAGAAUGCCACGACAUACGCCUCCAGCGAGUAGAUCGCCCUCCUGCUGAGGCUGCACCAGAGCAGCCCUCGAAGUCUAAUGUUCUAGUAGCCAGUGGAUAACUUUGAUUGUAUUUAUCAUAAAUUGUUAUUAAUAUCUUCUUAAGUACUAAAAGCUUUCUUGUUUCAAUAUUUGGGACAGAAAUGUAUACCACUUGGUGCUUUAACAAUCACACUCGUCUAAAACUACCAGAAGUCCAAACAUGGAAGUGUUAUUCAAAUUAUGGUGACCCAAUGAGUGUAACAUGGAUGGGGUAUUGUUAAAAGUGUACUAGUGGUACUAUGUCUGAAGUAUUAUCGCAACUUGCU